CAAUUUGGCAAAUGGUGGAUGAAGGCAGAGCUUCUAAUUUUGAUAUGGCGUUGCACUACGCUCUAGGCAAGCUUAAGCUGUGUAAUGUAGAGCUGAAGGAACAGCAGCGUGUUGUCCUAAAGCACAUCUACAAUGGAAACGACGUGUUCGUCCGGCUUCCUACAGGAUACGGUAAAUCGCUGUGCUAUCAACUUAUACCGUUUAUGGUUGACUUUAAGCUAAGGAAAUGUGGUAAAGAAGAUUGUGGAUAUGUCGUCAUUGUCGUGUCUCCUCUAAUAUCGCUGAUGAUAGAACAAGUCCAACGAUUGCGUGAACGCGGAGUUUCCUCUGCCAUUCUUGGUGCAGAUGUAGGUUCCACUCGCGUUCCAAGAGAACUGCUAGCAAAGGAACACAACAUCGUAAGUGGGGCUUACAAGAUACUGUACAGUGCUCCUGAAGCCAUCAUUGGAGUGCAGUUUUGGAGAGAAAUUCUUCUAAGGCCGUGCCUAAGGAACGCUGUUGCUGCCAUAGCCAUUGAUGAAGCCCACUGUGUGUCAAAAUGGAGCAAGGAAUUUCGACCUACUUAUGGACGUGUAUCAGAGCUCAGGGCUCUUGUUUCACCUGGUGUUCCUAUGCUUGCUUUGACUGCCACUGUUACUGACCUCAUCACGAGGGAUGUCAUUACAACACUUGAUAUGGAAGACUGUGAAAUAGUUUGUCUUUCUCCAAACCGCCCUAAUAUCUAUUAUGAAGUCAAACCUCAGAAUGACAUUGAUACUGAUAUGGUUGACUCAGUCCAUUUCCUUCAAGUGCACAAGAAAGACACCAAUCGUACCAUAGUUUAUUGCAGAACAAUGGACAUGUGUGCAGACCUGUAUGGCUAUUUCUUACAUUCACUUGGUGAAUCAUCUUACUUUCCACCUGCAGCUCCUCAAGUUAGUGAUAACCGUCUUUUUGGAAUGUACCAUUCCAGCACACCUUCCUAUAACAAGCAAGUGGUUUUACAAAGUCUCCUCAAACCAGAUGGAGUAGUUCGAGUAGUCUUUGCAACAAAUGCACUGGGGAUGGGUGUGAACAUGGCAAAAGUCAACAGAAUCAUCCAUUAUGGCGCUCCCCGAAGCAUAGAUGACUACUUUCAAGAGAGUGGACGUGCCGGUCGAUCUGGAGAACAAUCAUCAUCACUUGUGUACUGGAAGCCUGUACAGUGUCCCAUGACAACAGAGCCCAAAACAGUACAUGAAAUGGAAAGGAAAAUGGUUAGACAGUACCUAGAAAACACGACCUCCUGUCGUCGUAAAGCCUUGUUGAGGUAUUUUGAUGUUGAAGUACUUGAAACAGAUGAAAAUCCAGUUUUGUGUUGUGAUGUAUGUAGAGCUAAUUCAAAGCAGUAGA